GUGGGGCGACCAUGGCCAAGAAGCGUUGGAAUCUGCCCAUGUUUGUGUGAUAAAUGCAACAGCAACAGGAACAGAAAUACUCAAAAACUUGGUGCUGCCAGGUAUUGGUGCGUUUACAAUUGUCGAUGGGAAUCGAGUCUCUGGAGAAGAUGUUGGAAAUAAUUUCUUUCUACAAAAAAGCCAUAUUGGUCAGAAUCGUGCCCAGAGUGCCAUGGAGCUCUUGCAGGAAUUGAAUAGUGAUGUUUCUGGAAACUUUGUUGAAGAGAGUCCGGAAAAGCUUUUAGACAACGACCCUUCCUUUUUUAAUCGGUUUAACUUAGUGGUUGCAACACAACUACCAGAAAGCACAUUGCUGCGCCUGGCUGAAGUUCUCUGGAAUUCCAACACUCCUCUGCUGAUCUGCAGGACUUAUGGACUGGUUGGUUACAUGAGAGUUGUGAUUAAAGAACAUACAGUUGUUGAAUCUCACCCUGACAAUAUGCUUGAAGAUCUGAGACUGGACAAACCAUUUCCAGAACUGACAGAGCACGUUCAGGAUUACGACUUGGAGCAUAUGGACAAAAAGGACCACAGCCACACUCCAUGGAUUGUGAUUGUAGCCAAGUAUCUCACAAAAUGGUUCAAUGAGAAAAGUGAACAGUUGCCUAAGAGUUACAAAGAGAAAGAAGCCUUCAAAGAACUGAUUCGGCAAGGUAUCUUAAAGAAUGAAAAUGGGACCCCAGAAGAUGAGGAGAACUUCGAAGAAGCUAUAAAAAAUGUGAACACAGCAUUAAAUCGUACAGAGGUUCCAAGAGGCAUUGAAGAGCUUUUUAAUGAUGAUUGCUGCCUAAAACUCACAGAGCAGUCAUCUUCCUUUUGGAUUUUGGUUCGAGCUUUAAAGGAAUUUGUGGCAAAUGAAGGGCAAGGAAGCUUGCCUGUCCGGGGCACCAUUCCUGAUAUGAUUGCAGACUCCAGUAAAUUCAUCAAACUACAAAAUGUAUACCGUGAAAAAGCAAAGAAGGAUAUUGCUGCUGUGGGGAGCCAUGCUGCUAAAUUGUUACAGUCCCUGGGCAAGGCACCUGAGUCUAUUUCAGAGAGAGAAUUGAAGUUGUUCUGCAGCAACGCCGCUUUCCUGCGCCUGGUGCGCUGCCGGUCCCUGGCUGAGGAGCACAGCCCCAACUCCUGCAGCAAGGACGCAAUCAUUUCCCAUAUGGAUAACCCAGACAGUGAAAUAGUGCUGUACUUGAUGCUGAGGGCUGUCAAUAGGUUUUACAAGCAGCAUGGCAGAUACCCAGGUGUCUACAACUACCAGGUGGAAGAUGAUAUUGGAAAGCUAAAAUCAUGCCUUACUGGUUUCCUCCAAGAACAUGGGCUGUCUGUAGUGGUGAAAGAUGACUAUGUGCACGAGUUUUGUCGCUAUGGAGCUGCCGAGCCUCAUGCAGUUGCUGCCUUCAUGGGAGGUAAGGGUGACACUCCAGGGCCACACAAACAGCAGCCUGCCCCAGCCAGAACUCUGUUCCUUAAUUCCUCUGGGCUGUCAGACCAAAGGCAGCAAUCAAAGGCUGCAGUCACAGAUGGCAUUAGGGAACAAUCCUCCCCUUCGUUCUCCAAAUGUGACCUCCCUACAGUACAUACAGAGUAAGUGGGUGCAGCAAGGGUUAUAAUCAGUAAAAUAAACUUCAGAAACAAUCUCAGUAUAUCAGCUCUUCAAGCUUAGAAAUGAAAUGGUGGAAAGAGGCUUAAUUUUUUUAAAGGAAAGUGAUAAUUACUAUAAUUUUAAAAUUAGUGCAGUACACAUCUUCUUUUAACAUAGUACAUUUACGUUAAAGAUUUAUGAAAUUUAAGUAGCCUUGGUUUCUUACUUCAUCCAUCCUGCAGAAAUGUUUUAAUGGAUGCUCAAAACUGAUAUAUCAGUUAACUUUAUUUGGCUGCGUGCAUUGCUGAAGGUACUUAUAUAAUCUGCUUAUGUGGGAAUUUUUUUCUGAUUAAAAAACCUCGUAUGUAUCAUUGUUUAGAAAAAUUCAUAAAGCUAAUUUCUGAAGAAAUUACACAAUGUUUCCUACUACAGGAAAAUUCAGAGGGAUUACACUGAAGUGACCCUUCAGUUUAUGUUGCAGUUAAGUUUUACAUGAUUUUUUUUCUAAACUCAGCUUCUCAUUUGAGAGAGGUCACAACUUGCAUGGAUGUGUCCGCUCAGCUGUUGUAUUCUGUGUGUAUGUACAUGGAGAGAAAGUGUAUGCAAAGCUAAAUUUUGAAGUAGCAGCUUUCUGAUCUUUUAUUGUGUGAAGUACUGAAAGGCAGUUUUGCCUCCUAGGAGAUUUAUCAGGCACUCCUGAAAUAAGUCCAGUGUAGGGACUUCUAGAUAGAAACAUUAUUUGCCUGUUGUUUAAAUAUGACCUGCUAAUUGCCUUUAGUU